AUGACCUUGGUAUUUCCAAAUUCUGCAUAUGCAGAUCCUGCAGCAGCAUUGACAGCACCAGUCUUGAAAACUGUGAUAGCUGAGAUGACCAAUGGUGGAGUUGAUAGGAGUGUUGAGUGCACUGGAAGCGUUCAAGCUAUGAUCUCUGCAUUUGAAUGUGUUCAUAAUGGUUGGGGGGUUGCUGUACUUGUUGGAGUGCCAAACAAAGAUGAUGCGUUCAAAACCCAUCCAAUGAACUUCUUAAACGAGAGGACUCUUAAGGGUACUUUCUAUGGUAACUACAAGCCUCGCACUGACCUUCCUCGUGUUGUGGAGAUGUACAUGAACAAGGAGCUGGAAGUGGACAAAUUUAUCACUCACUAUGUUCCUUUCUCUGAGAUCAACAAGGCUUUCGAUUACAUGUUCGCAUGACAGGGAAUCCGGUGCAUCAUCCGCAUGGAGCAUUAGAUCACCUGAACUCUCCUCGUUUUGAUUUUAAUCAACGGUUUUACUUGAUGUGUUCAACUAUAGACUAUCCAAUGAUUCUAUCAAACUGGGUUCAGCUACAAUUGCUAUUUUCCAGGUAACCUUCAUAUAACUAGUAUAAAGUUGAAGACUUUGAGCACAAAUUGAAAGACCCAGAUACAAACAUGAAAUGAAGAAUGGGAUUUGAUGCCAAGGUUAUCAAAACACAUUGUUUGAAUCUGAAAACCAUAUUACCCGUCAAGAUAUACAUAAGAACAUUUGAAGUAUAUAUGAUAGAACCUCAAUGAUUAGGAAAGAUCAUAUACCUGUGCCUUUGCUGAAAGAUCAUAUACUUGUUCCUUUGCUUGAGAGAUCCCGAUCAAGAGCAGU